ACCAUCAAAAAGUGAUGUUCACAGACAAACAGGAUCAUGUUUACUGAUUUUUCAUAUAGUGGUCGCAAACUUUGAAGACAUUCUAUAUUUCAGCAGAAUAUUUGUGGCUGUGUCCUACACUUCGGCUAACAAAGAUGGAGGACAUUUUGAAGGAUGAGAGGUUUUCUCACAUCGUUAAAGACAAGCGGUUCCGACGAGUACCAUUAAAUGAACGCAGAGUGAAGAUAGACAAAAGAUUCAAAGGGAUGUUUUCUGACAAGAAGUUUAAGAUGAAGUACACUAUAGACAAAAGGGGGCGUCCAAUGAAUUUGUCUGCAAAUGAAGACCUUCAUAAAUUUUAUGAGUUGGACAGUGAAGAGGGAGAUAGUGAUAAUGAUGAAGAUGAUGAUGGUGAUAAAACAAAAAAGAAAUUGAAAAAGAAAACAAAAAAAGUUAAGGAAAGCAAAACUGUGAGAAUCGGUAAGAAAACCAAAGGGAAAAGUAUCAAGGAAGAAGAUGAAGAUGUGGAGGAAACUAAUUCUAUGUCAAGUGAGGAAGAAGAGAGUGGACCAGAUGUGAAGGGGACAGACCUGGCCCGUGGGGAGGGAAAUGUGGAGAGUUCCAGUGAUGACGAGGGUGAUGAUGAUGUAGAGGAGGAUCUAUUUAAAUCUGCAGAUGGUGAAGUUGACCAUAAAUGGAAUGAGAUGGAUCAGGAAGCCCCAGAGGCCAGGGAGCUAGGACGGAGACUGGCCAUCUGUAACUUGGAUUGGGAUAGGAUAAAAGCCAUGGAUAUCUUUGUCCUUCUCAGUUCAUUUCUCCCCACAGGAGGUGUUCUUCACUCUGUAAAGAUAUACCCAUCAGAGUUUGGAAAAGCUAGGAUGGCUGAGGAAGCAGUAAAGGGCCCCACAGGACUUGUUAAGUCCACUAAGAUAGAGGGAUACAGCAGUGAUGAGGAAGUGACAGAGGAUUCGGAAGGAACAAUAUAUCACCGUGAGAAACUCAGACAGUACCAGCUGACUCGACUUAAGUAUUACUAUGCUGUAGCCGAGUUUGAUUCUAUGGAAACGGCCAACUCCAUCUAUGGGGCGUGUGAUGGGACAGAGUAUGAAAGUAGUGCCACACGUUUAGAUUUAAGGUUCAUUCCUGACGAUAUGACGUUUGAUGAAAAUGAGACAAAGUCAGUUUGUAACACCAUGCCAACCUCCAAUGUGUACAAGCCAUCAUUAUUCUUCACAUCAGCUCUCUGUCAGUCUAAGGUGGACCUUACCUGGGAUGAGACUGACCAUGACCGACUUAAAGUGACCAUGAGAGCACCUUCCAAGAUGGACACAGCAACAGAAGAAGACUUCAAAGCCUAUCUGGCUUCGAGCUCUGACGAGGAGGCAAAUCCUUAUGGUAAUAUUUUGGGAGCAUCCGAUGACGAAAGCCAUUCAGAGGAAUCAGAAAAUGAGGAUAAACAUAUUGAUAAAUACAGAAAACUCCUACAAAGCAUUCAGGAUACAGAGAAGGAACAGGAUAAAAAGGAUGUGGAAAUGGAGGUCACGUGGGAACCAGGUUUGAAGCAGGUAACAGAGAAAAUUCUGAAAAAGAAGGAAGAGGAGAAGGACAGUACGACAUGGGAAAAGUAUCUGGUGAAGAAAAAGGAGAAAAAACAAAAGAAAAGAGAAGAGAAAAAGAUGAAGGAAAAGGAAGAGAGUAAAAUAAAAGGGAAAGCAAGCAAGGCUGACAAUGAGGCAGUUGAUGAUGAUGGUGAGGUGGCAUUCAGUGACGAUGAUCUACCAGAUGAUUUUGAUAUGUCAGGGUUUCAAGAUGAUCUAGGUGACUCUGGUGUUAAGAAAGGAAAGAAGAAAAAGAAAAAGAAGAUUAAAGAAAAAUUGACUGAGGAGGAGAAAAAGGAAAAGGCUACACAGGAGGCGGAACUUUCCCUAUUAAUGAUGGAUGAGAAAGAAGAUGAUCGACGCCAUUUCAACCUGAAGGACCUUGUCGAUGACAAUACCUCAAAAAAGAAGAAAAAGAAGAAAUUCAAGAAGAAGGAUUUGUUAAAAAACAAAGGCAAAUCUGAGGAUGAUUUUAAGGUGGAUGUGGCAGACAAUCGUUUCACAGCGAUGUACUCAUCACAUAUGUAUAACCUAGACCCCACUGCACCUGAGUACAAACGUACCAAGGGCAUGGAGGCAAUUGUCAGUGAGAAACUCAAACGCAGCAAACAGCAGCGAGAUCAGAGCGUUGGUGGUAAUAGGAAAAGGGACAGAGAGGGCGAUGCCACAGAACCUCAGAUCAAAGUGAAACGGGACUCGAAUGUGAAUGAACACCAGGGACAGGAAGCAUCAUUACAGUCUCUCAUCAAAUCAGUGAAAACAAAAACACAGAAUUACAAUAUCAAAUUAAAAACAAAAAGAUGACAAUAUUCAGAUUAAAUACCAUUUUUAUAGGAUUUUAUUGAAUAUUUGUUGAACACAAGUAAAUAAGAAGUAAUUUUGUCAGUUGGUAGGUUCUGUAUUAAGAGACAUAUCAAUGAUUAUAUUCCUGGUAAUCAUACACCAGAAGUAUAUUUUUUCUUAAGUUUUCACUUGUUGCAGCUGAAACAAAAAGGCAAAAAUCUGCAAAUACUGGCUUAUUGAAAAACGAAUCAGGUACACAGAACAACCCCAAGGCCUUUCCAAUCACAAGGAGCACUGGAUUCUGCCAUAUCUGGGUGUUGAGAUGAUCCGUUACAACUAAGUCAAUUUGACCUUCUUUGACUCCACCAAUCAGCCACUGGGGGUCAGCCAAGAUAAAUAUGGGCACAACAUCAAGCCAUCAUCCUAUAUUAGUAAUUCUAUCCAAUUUUGAUAUAUUUCCAAUGAAAAUUAAACAAUUUAUGCUGGAACAAAAUUGAUUGAUUUUUACCCCUCCCCAUGGUAAAUGUGAGACCCUGCGGCCAUGAAAUCUACAAUGUGGUAAAGCACCUGAAGAUGUUUCCAUCAAUGAAGAGCAUUUGAUUCUAUCAUAUCUGGCUGUUGACGGGAAGAGUUUUGAAAUCUGAGUCAAUAUGACCACUUUUGGUCCAUCCCCUCAGACCCCGGGGGGUGUGGGAGCCUUAUAAUUUCUUAUUUUGGUUCAUAUUAGGCCAGGGAAAGUUUCUGCAAAAUUUCAUUGAAAUGGGUUCAGGGGUAUUUGAGAAGACCUAAAAUCCUUAUUUCGACUGUAUAAAGACUGUAAGUAAAUUUUCGCUUAAAAAGUCUUUAUUUCUUUACGUUUUUCAAUUUAAAAACUACACUAUGGACUGCUGAAGAAUUUAGGAAAUUUUGAAAAUUUGAAAGUAUUCUCAGAAAUGUAUAUGUCUGUUAGGUCAUUGAUGAAUAUCUCUGCUUCAUAAAAUGCAAUCCAGUGCAUUUAAAUGAAAAAGAUUUUCUUCUCUCCAUACAGUAUUUAGAAAAUACCAACUCAUAAAUUAGGUUAAAGUCACACUAAAUUGGAACUCUUCUUUACAGGAAGUACAAUAGAGUACUAAUACGACCGACCUUAUGACAGAAUCUUCAAAAUAACUUAAGUGAUAAAGUAAAACAUGAAAACAUGAAGUCUUGAUUUUUUUACUUGAAUUAUUUCAUCAGUGAGAUCAUUCACACAUUGAUAUACGGUUUUCUGUACAAAGAAAUAACAAACACAAAUUCUUCAUAUCCAUGUGUUCUUGGAUGACCAUUUCAUUUUUUCCCGUAAAUGCACUUUUUAUUUGUUAGGAUGUCCAGUGCACUUUGGCAUGUUUUAUCCACUGAAUAUCUGGCAUGGCAUCAGACUUUCUCAGGACUUUCUUGCCAUCCAUGAAUGGUUGUAGAACAUCUGGGAUGUUUAUACUACCAUCCUGAAAUGAAGAUCACAAGGCUUCAAAUAACCCCUUUCCCCUAAAUU